AAUUGGUCAAAGCUGCUCUACAGUUAUUUGCAUUACAACAGUUUAAAGUAGUGAACGAAAACAACGAAUUGUGGAAGUGUAACGAAUUAAAAUAAGCGCAAUGAAAUUAUUUUUUCUUGGAUUAUUUUUGACAAUAGCCGCCAUAGCCGAUGCUGGAGUUUUAUCGAAUCCUUGUAAGAAUAUAGGAUUAUUUGGAUUCGCCGAUAACUCGCCAAAAUUUUAUUCGUGUGAUCUUAAUGAGGAUGGCACAUUUGAUAUUAAAUACUUGAAUUGUGAAAAUGGAUAUAUAUUUAACCGUUACGAUGGAUAUUGUGUGCAAAAAAUCAAUUAUUUUGCGGAUACUGAAAAUACUUCUGACGGAGAUGAGGAUGUGGAACAUCCUACAAUACCCACAGUUGCUACGACAAGAGGAGAUCUUGUCAAACCCACAAUACCAAAUUUACCUCCUACCGGUAGUGUUGACAAUCAAACACCCGCAGAUGACGAGGAAACAACUGAAGGUCCUGUAACCACUGAUGCACCAGAAACAACUGAGGAACCUGUAACCACUGACGCACCAGAAACAACUGAGGAACCUGCGACUACAGAUAAACCAGAAACAACUGAAGAAUCUGUGACCACAGAUAAACCAGAAACUACUAAAGAACCUGCGACUACAGAUAAACCAGAAACAACUGAAGAACCUGCGACUACAGAUAAACCAGAAACAACUGAAGAAUCUGUGACCACAGAUAAACCAGAAACUACUGAAGAACCUGCGACUACAGAUAAACCAGAAACUACUGAAGAACCUGCGACUACAGAUAAACCAGAAACAACUGAAGAACCUGUGACCACAGAUAAACCAGAAACUACUGAAGAACCUGCGACUACAGAUAAACCAGAAACAACUGAAGAACCUGCGACUACAGAUAAACCAGAAACUACUGAAGAACCUGCGACUACAGAUAAACCAGAAACUACUGAAGAACAUGCGACUACAGAUAAACCAGAAACAACUGAAGAACUUGCGACUACAGAUAAACCAGAAACAACUGAAGAACCUGUGACCACAGAUAAACCAGAAACAACUGAAGAACCUGUGACCACAGAUAAACCAGAAACAACUGAAGAACCUGCGACUACGGAUAAACCAGAAACAACUGAAGAACCUGUGUCCACAGAUAAACCAGAAACAACUGAAGAACCUGCGACUUCAGAUAAACCAGAAACAACAGAUGAGCCCGUUACCACUGACGCUCCGGAAACAACUGAUGCACCCGUAACUACCGAUAAACCCGCAACCACUGAUGAGCCAGUCCCUACCACACUACCACCAUACGAUUGCCCCGAUGUGGGUUUCUUCCCACAGUAUGGCUCUUGCACCAAAUUUGCCUUUUGUGCCGAAGUGAAUGGAGAAAUUGUGUAUCAUUUAGAAAGUUGUCCCGAAGGUCAGCAAUUUAACUAUUGCGACCAUUUCUGUGACAGCAAUUUCGAUUGUGAGGUAGAUGUUGACUGCUCAAAAGCUAAGAAAUCCCCUGAAGAACGAUCUUAUUCGCUAUUCAACUUUUUCCGUCUUCCAAAUUUUUUCUAUUAAAUUAUUACACUAGUAUAUGGGUUCGUUAGACCGUAAGAAACGAAACAUUUGUUCCCAUAAAGCAAAUCUCGUGUAAAUAAAGCAUUUAAAUAAAUUUAA